GCUACUCUAUCUGCCAAUUAUAACGCCCUUUCUUCACAUUUAUUUCUCUCCAUUGAUUUUGCCAAAAGAUGGGCAAGCUUUCCAAGUACCGUGGUGUUUUUUGUGUGAUGUUGGUAUUGUUGGUGAUAGGAUUGGCGGAAAGUCGGAAAAUUGAGAAAGAUACAUUUUCUGAUGGCAUUGGAGGUGGUUUGGGUGGUGGUGGUGGUGGUGGAGGCCUUGGAGGUGGAGGUGGAAAAGGUGGUGGCUUUGGAGGUGGAGUAGGAGGUGGCGGUGGUGCCGGAGGAGGGAUUGGAGGUGGAGGUGGCGUAGGAGGAGGCGGUGGAGUAGGAGGCGGAGCAGGUGGUGGAGUAGGAGGUGGUGCCGGAGGAGGGGUUGGAGGUGGUGCGGGUGGUGGAGUAGGAGGUGGAGGUGGUGCCGGAGGAGGGAUUGGAGGUGGAGCAGGUGGUGGCAUUGGAGGUGGGAAAGGUGGUGGAGUAGGAGGUGGUGGUGGUGCCGGAGGAGGAAUUGGUGGUGGAGGCGGUGCUGGUGGUGGUUUUGGAGGUGGAAAAGGUGGUGGUGUUGGAGGAGGGAUUGGUGGUGGAAGUGGUGCAGGUGGUGGCGUAGGAGGUGGCGGUGGUGCUGGAGGAGGCAUUGGAGGUGGAGGCGGUGCAGGUGGUGGUGCUGGAGGAGGGAUUGGAGGUGGAAGUGGUGUAGGCGGGGGCUUUGGAGGUGGAAAAGGUGGUGGUAUAGGAGGUGGUGGUGGUGCAGGUGGAGGCGCGGGUGGUGGCUUUGGGGGCGGUACAGGUGGGGGAGUAGGAGUAGGUGGUGGAGCAGGAGGUGGUGCCGGUGGUGGUUUUGGCGGCGGUGGCGGUGCUGGAGGGGGAAUUGGUGGGGGUUUUUAAAUAUUGAUCCCAAAAUUUAUAAGGAUCUUAGUUGCAAUGUAAUGUGAUGCCAUGUUCAUGCAUGGAUAUAUACUAAUAUUAUCCAAUUAGAAAGUCGAAUAAAUCGAGGCUACUACUUGAU